AUGUCUUUUAAUACGUUUGGUGCUGUGAUUUAUUUAGGUGGCCGUCAGACCCAAGAGCAGAGAACUCAGAGAAAUGUAAUAAAUGUACCUGGAGAAAAACGUGCUGAAAAUGGGGUUGGGAACCCACGUGUUGAACUGACCCUCUCUGAGCUCCACGAUAUGGCAGCGAGGCAGCAGCAGCAAAUUGAAAAUCAGCAGCAAAUGUUGGUUGCCAAGGAGCAGCGUCUGCACUUCCUGAAGCAGCAGGAGCGUCGGCAGCAGCAGGCGAUUUCUGAAAAUGAGAAGCUUCAGAAAUUGAAGGAACGUGUUGAAGCCCAGGAGAACAAGCUGAAGAAAAUCCGUGCCAUGAGGGGACAAGUGGACUACAGCAAAAUCAUGAACGGCAACCUGUCUGCCGAAAUAGAAAGGUUUAGUGCCAUGUUCCAGGAGAAGAAGCAGGAAGUACAGACUGCCAUCCUGCGAGUCGAUCAGCUUAGUCAGCAGCUGGAAGAUUUAAAGAAAGGAAGGCUGAGUGGGUUCCAGUCGUACAACGGCAAGUUGGCGGGGCCAGCAGCGGUGGAGUUAAAAAGGCUGUACCAGGAGCUUCAGAUUCGUAACCAACUUAACCAGGAGCAGGAUUCGAAGCUCCAGCAGCAGAAGGAGCUCCUGAAUAAGCGCAACGUGGAGGUGGCCAUGAUGGACAAGCGCAUCAGUGAGCUGCGAGAGCGCCUCUACGGGAAGAAGAUCCAGCUGGGCCGUGUGAAUGGCACGUCAUCGCCACAGUCUUCCCUGAGCGUCUCUGGCAGAGUGGCCGCAGUGGGACCUUACAUCCAGGUGCCCAGCGCUGGGAGCUCUUCUGUCCCCGGGGACCCUAUCAAGCCCCAGUCUCUGACCAUCACCUCCAGUGCUGCACACGGACGAUCCAAAUCUGCUAAUGAUGGAAACUGGCCAACAUUCAAACAGAAUACUGGCUCUUCAGUGAAGCCAGCCCCGAUGGCUGGUGCAGACUGGAAGGACACAGGCGUGGAGGGGCCCUCGAAGCAGGGUGCCGUUUCGAGCCAGCCUCUGCCCUUAGCAGCUCUAGGCUCCACGGAGAAACUGGGCAUUGAGAUCGGUAAAGUGCCACCACCCAUCCCGGGGGCAGGGAAGCAGCCGCCUCCAAGCUACGGGACAUAUCCCACUCCUACGCCUUUGGGCCCAGGGUCGACAAAUUCCCUGGAGAGGAGGACGGAGGGCAGUCUGCCCAGGCCCAGUGCGGGCCCAGCGAGUCGGCAGAAACCUGCCCCACUGCCGCCACCAGCCGGGAGCGCCCACCAACCAGGAACCUCGCAGCAAAUUCAGCAGCGGAUCUCGGUGCCCCCAAGCCCCACGUACCCACCGUCAGGGCCCCCUGUGUUUCCUGCUGGAGAUGGCAAGCCUGACCUCCCACUGACGGUAGCCAUAAGGCCCUUCUUGGCUGACAAAGGGUCGAGGCCACAGUCUCCCCGGAAGGGCCCCCAGACGGUGAACUCCAGCUCUAUAUACUCCGUAUACCUACAGCAGGCCACUCCACCGAAGAGCUACCAGCAGGCCACACACAGCACCAUGAACAAGUCGGUCAAAGCAGUGUAUGGCAAACCCGUCUUGCCCUCGGGCUCCACCUCCCCGUCCCCACUGCCGUUCCUGCAUGGGGCACUGUCCACCAGUGUGCCGCCGCCGCCCUCAGAGUGUGGAGAGAAGGAACCGGAGCAGGACAGCCCUGCCCCGUCUGGUGACGGCGUGGAGAGCCUCCCGCGGCCCCUCAGCCCCACCAAGCUCACACCCAUCGUGCACUCCCCACUGCGCUACCAGAGCGACGCUGACCUGGAGGCCCUGCGCAGGAAGCUGGCCAACGCACCCCGACCCCUGAAGAAGCGUAGCUCCAUCACGGAGCCUGAGGGCCCUGGCGGGCCCAACAUCCAGAAGCUGCUGUACCAGCGCUUCAACACCCUGGCUGGUGGGGUGGAGGGCACCCCUUUCUACCAGCCCAGCACCCCACAGGACUUCAUGGGCAGCCUGGCCGAUGUGGACAAUGGUAACGCCAACACCAACGGAAACCUAGAAGAGCCCGCCCCGGCCACAGGCCCCUUGCCUGCUGAGCCAACCCCGUCGUCAGACGCCAAUGACAAUGAGCUGCCUCCCCCUGACCCCGAGCAGCUUAUCUGUCCCCAGACCACCACCCGUCCCUUGGAGCCCACGGAGGACGAUAACAACAAUGUGGCCACUGUCCCGCCCACAGAGCAGCCCCCCAGCCCUGUGGCCGAAGAGCCCUCUCCGGGGGAGGCACCCGCUCCCCUGCCUGCCCCGCCAUCUGCAGCCUCCACGGGCAAACGGACCAACUUGAAGAAGCCCAGCUCAGAGCGGACCGGGCGUGGCCUGAGGGUCCGGUUCAACCCUCUGGCACUGCUCCUGGAUGCUUCUCUAGAAGGAGAGUUCGACCUGGUGCAGAGGGUCAUCUACGAGGUGGAGGACCCCAGCAAGCCCAAUGACGAAGGCAUCACCCCCCUGCACAAUGCCGUCUGCGCCGGCCACCUCCACAUCGUUAAGUUCCUGCUGGACUUUGGGGUCAACGUGAACGCCGCCGACAGUGACGGGUGGACCCCGCUACACUGCGCUGCGUCCUGUAACAGUGUUCACCUCUGCAAGCAACUGGUCGAGAGCGGUGCUGCUAUCUUCGCAUCAACCAUCAGUGACAUUGAAACUGCGGCAGACAAGUGUGAGGAGAUGGAGGAAGGCUACGUGCAGUGCUCUCAGUUCCUGUAUGGGGUGCAGGAGAAGCUGGGCGUGAUGAACAAGGGGGCAGUGUAUGCACUGUGGGACUACGAGGCUCAGAACAGCGACGAGCUGUCGUUCCACGAGGGGGACGCCAUCACCAUCCUAAGACGCAAGGACGAGAAUGAGACGGAGUGGUGGUGGGCCUGCCUGGGGGGCCAGGAGGGCUACGUGCCCAAGAACCUGCUGGGGUUAUAUCCACGGAUCAAACCUCGGCAGCGGACCCUCGCCUGA